ACAUUUCAAGCUUUUCCUGUCAGUUUUUUUUUACAUUUUUAAAAGCUUCAUCCGCUAUAAGAUUGAAUAGAGAGAAUUUUAAAAGAUGAUUUCCUAUUGUCCAAUUUGUGGGAAGCCUGUCUAUUUUGCGGAGAGAAAGCGAUCUUUAGGCAAAGAUUACCAUCCUCUUUGUCUGAAAUGCUACCGGUGCAAGCGUCAGUUAAGUCCCGGCCAACACGCAGAGUAUGAUGAGAAACCAUACUGCAAUCACUGCUACCUACAGUAUUUUGGACCAAGAGGAGCAAGGCGGCCAGCAUCUCGAACUACUCCUGGAGCAGCUGGAUCCAAUGUUCCAGUUGAGAACCCCAGCACUUAGUUUCAUCCUGUUUAAGAAUGAUUUGCAGCUUCAACCCUUCAGAAAAUCAGACCAGCAACAUACAGAAAAGUAACAGCUUGUAGAAACUAUUUUAUCUUUAGAAAAUAAUUAGUUGUUGUGCUCCAUUGUUAUGUAAAUAAGAAAGUGUUUGAAAAUAACUUGAUCUCAAACCAUCCACAAUUAUGUAGCUUUGCACAUGAAACCAAUCUGUUUGCUUCAGAAUAUCUGAUAGUAAUUCUGUGGGUCCUGUUUGUACUUCUAGUGAAAUCGAGUCUUCAAAGGACAGUACAGAAAUCUACAAUUCUUCAUAAAGCAGCUCAGUGUUAUCCCUUUUUCCAUCCUGCACAUUAAUUUGGUUGGUUGGAGACAAGCUGCUGUGAAACUGGCUGGUCUCUGCAGACCGGUUAGUGUUCCAAUCAUUCAUGCAUUGAAUCCAGUGCAGUAACCAAAAAUAUAGACUGCUAUUUGCAGCUACACAUGAAUAACCUGUGCAAUAGAAUGUGAUUUUACUUGCAAGAAUUUUAUAUCUUCCUGUAAUAAAAAAACAUAUUUCUGCCACUUCCUGUCUGCAUCCCUU